GUCUUGUGAGAUAUUCCCAAGACAUCGCGCAACAUUCCAUCUGACACUUGUCAAUUGACACACAUACCUUUAGGCCGUGUCUUUGUAUCGUGUGCUACAGUAAUCAUGGUGCAGGGUAACCCUGACGCCGGGGAGAACAGAGCGUUUGAGGCGCCCAUCCAGGUGGCCAAUGAGUCUGGAAAGGAGCAGACCUGGCGCCAGUGGCUGCCUGACAAGGGUGCCGUGGCGAGCGAUGACAAGCCCUGGAUCGGCUGGAAGCCAGACCCCAAAAACGAGUCUGCCAAGCCGUGGAUUGACUGGGUCAAGACGGGCGGCAUUGAAGGCGCUGGCCCAUCAGGCAACGCAGGUGGCUAACCGCUCCAAGACGGUAUAUACACAUCAGGCAGGGGGGUUAACCCACCGCUUGAAAUACUACAAGUAUGUGCCGAUGUGUUUACAGGGAUGCGAAAUCAUGAUCAAGUUUCGUGGUCCAUAGGUAGUCAGCCUGAAGCAGAGAAACUUUGUGAAUCGAAGCUUGUGCCCAUGAUCUAGUUCAAAGUUGACUUUCUCUACGUAGAAGAGGGAAGAUGGGAGCAGUAAAAGAAUCUUUUUAUUCAUCGUUGUAAAAUACCAUGACACGGAAUUCGAUGCUCUCGCGCGGCCGGGCUGUCUCGGAAGUCAUCGGAUUCCUGAUUCCGCAGUGGGGGAUCUAGUUGGUGAAUCCAGUUUCG